UCCUGUUCCCUGGAUGCUGCCUGACCUGCUGUGCUGUUCCAGCAAUAAAGUUUCAACUUAAGAAUUUCAGAGCAAGUUGACGGGGGAAAGCGCACGGUCAGGGUGGAUGGCGCAUGCGCUUUACGGAAGGUGACCGACGAUUGCCGGGAGACAGAGCGGGAAAUGACGCUCCGGUGACCGGCGGUUGCCCGGGGACAGAACGGGAAGUGACACUCCGGUGACCGGCGGUUGCCGGGCGACAGAACGGGAAGUGACGUUCCGGUGGCCGGCCGUUGCCGGGUGACGAGCUCUGGCAGUCCGCUCGAGCUGCCUGUCAGUCUGUAGCUGGCCGUCGCCAUGAACAGUCCGGGGGAGGAGCGGGAAGCUGCGGCCUACGAGCGGCACGUUUCCAGAAACAGCUGCCUUUACCACUACCUGAAGGUCGGCCUAGAGUUUGGGGAAACGAGGCCUGCGUUCAAGGUGAGCGCUGCUCACUUUAAACAGUUGAUCGUUUCGGCGCUGAAGGAUUUGCACGGAGAGUUUGGAGCGGCCUUACCUGUUGAUGUAUUGAGAUAUGAAGAAGAAACAUUGAUAGCUACAUUGAGAGUAAGAAGCAGUGGCCUUGUGAAGCUGUGGAGUGCACUGACCCUGCUGGGAUCUUAUCAAAAUCAGAAGUGUGCUUUCAGAGUGAUGCAGAUUACCUCUAACAGAGAAUGACUGGGGCAACAAUUAGAAUAUUGAAGAUGAUGGAGGUCUGAUAUGAAGUCACACAUCAACAUGAAGUGGAAUUAUAUCACCUCUCCUUCAACAUUGCUAAGCAAAGUCCAGAAACACACUGCCAAAUAGCACUAUAGGUCACCUUCAGCAUAUGGUGUGCAACGAUAUAAGAAAUUGGUUCAACUUCAACAGGACAUCGGAAGGGCAACUAGAGAUGUGCUAAUGUUGUAAAGGACACACAAUCUUUCAAUAAUAAAAAUAUCCCUUAACGUCUUGCACUCACCUGGAAAUUACAAGAAGUACCAAUAUACCUACAGGUAGGUUUUGAUGCACAGUAUCUCAACCUUGCACAAUGAAAAAUAGCUUGGGCCCUGUUUUGGAGAUUGUUGGUAAGCCAAAUCUCUCAGCAUG